GUGAAACUUUCUUUGAGUUGGUGAAACUGUUAAGAGAAAACGAAUAAGAGGAAGAAUAAUAAGUAUUACCUCGCCCCAGAAAAGAAAAAAGGUCAAAUGCAAAGACAUUGAGCUUGUUUAUCACGGGAUCCAAGACAAGAAUGUGGUUCUGAGAAGAAAAGAAAAAAGAUAGUGCUAGAUUGGUCCUUUCGAGUGUUUCAGAUCUAGGACCAAAACUCAAAGAAGGAACGAGUCAAGGUGGAAUUUGGUUACCCUCUUACUGAAUAUCUUUACUUCCUUAUGGUUCUGUAGAGCAACCUUUCCUGGAAUGUUGGAGUGGAUUUGAGUAGAUAGUGAAAGAGUUGGUUGGGUUUCGUCAACAUCUCAUGCCAAUUGAAAGAGUUGGUGUGAGAAGAAAGAAUGAGAAAAAUAGAAAAAGUCAAAGAAAUACAAAUGCCUGCAAGCAUGAGAAAGAAAAUGUUUUCUAAUGCUGCUGAUUUGUUUGGUAAAACAAGGAUGCCAAAUUUCAAUUAUCCCAAAAUCAUAAAAUCCUUGUAAAAGUAGGGAGUUGACAGAGCAAUUCUCUUUAGUGUAAUUGGGAUAUCUCCCCUUUCUUUGUUAAUAAUAGAAGGUAGUUGUUCUUUUGUGGACGUAAGAUCACUUUGAUUUGAACCACGUUAAAUCUUGGGUUCUUUCUUUUACGUUUCUGCUAACAAUUGGUAUUAGAGCGUUAGGGGUCUUUAAAGAUCUAGGGAGGAAGAACAAGCAAAGAUGUGUUCCAUGAAGUUUGAAAUCAAUAGAUUUAGUGCGCGCAACAAUAUUAAUAUUUGGAAGAUCUAGAUGAUGGCAUUAUUGCGGAGGGAAGGUUCAAUUGAUGUUAUUAACAGAAAAUUCGAAUUGUCUAUUAGAUUCUGAUAGGAGAAUAUUGAAGGGGAUGCAUUGAGUGUAAUCCGACUGUCCCUUGCACCGAUCGGUGACAACAAGGAUGUUGUUACAAUUAAGAUGGGGUCAGGUACUUUGCUACUAGAUCAUUUAGACGCAUUCAGUAAACUUGUCAUGGACUUACAGCUAUGCGGGAAUUAAAAAGGAUGAGGAGAUGCCUGCAUGUGCUUUGCUAUUUUAUUGACUUCAGGAUAUCAUGAUAUCGAAAAUUCAAUGAUGUAAAGCAAGGAGUCUAUCACCCUUGAGCAAGUACGACAGACACUUAAACUUUAGUGAUGUGCGGAGGCAUUUCGAAGGAGACAGAGAUGAUUAGGCAAUUGGGCUCUUUGUGAGAGGCCGGACUAGUCAAUCGGGAAGUAGCAAAUCAAAGCAUAGAUCAAAGUCUCGUGUGAAUAAGAAGAAUGUUGAGUGUGGGGGUUGCGGCAAGAAGGGGCACUUUGAAUAAGAUUGCCCAAUGUCAAAGUCCCAAGGAAAUGGCGAGUGCAUCCACAAGUGGGCAGAUAAAUGAUUCUAAUAAUGAAUAUGUACUUUCAACAUCAUGCAAUAAUGAAGGUUAUGGCAACAAAUAUGUGUUACUCUGCUUGUACUCUGCAUAUGACAUUCCGAAGAGAUUAGUUUGGCACCUCCAUAUGAAGAGCAACUGAAAAACAAAAUAAGAUGUAUGCGUCUCAAACCAAUUGCCUGUAUGUUAUGCACUUGUUACAUACCAAUUACGUGUAUCUUAUGCAAACUUGUAGUUUUCUGGAAUGACCAAUCUCCUUUCUCUAUACAAAGGGGCUGCUAUUGGGGAGCGCAAAAGGCUCGACAAUAAGAAGGCCCAGUCACAAAAGAAGGCUAUGCGAAGAAGCAGAGAUAGAUAUGACUGAUUCCAAGAGCUCGAGAUUGGCAUGCCAGAUUUCUUGUCGAGCCCUUCCCUAGACACACACAACACAAUCACUAAAGGUACAAAACUUCGAAUUGCUGAUUUUGUUCAUGGAACGGAUGGACUUGGGAACCAAAACUUUCCUGCACCAAAUGGAAAGUGUAGUGAACAGAAUGCUGCUGAAUAUCUCGUUCAACAAGCCAGUCUAUACCCUGGAAAGGUUACUGUUGUAGCUUUGGGUCCCCUAACAAACAUAGCACUAGCCAUUCAAUCAGAUCCUGCUUUUGUUAAAAACAUUGGACAAAUUGUUGUUCUUGGGGGUGCCUUUUCUGUAAACGGAAAUGUGAAUCCAGCUGCUGAGGCGAAUAUCUUUGGAGACCCAGAUGCUGCUGAUAUUGUAUUUACUAGCGGUGCUGAUGUUCUAGCAGUUGGAAUAAAUGUUACACAUCAAGUUAUCCUUACUGAUUCUGAUCGAGACGAGUUGGCGAAGUGUAACGGAAAGUUUGCCAAGUACCUUGACAAGAUUUUGGGUGUCUAUUUUGGCUAUCACCAUGAUGCAUACAGCACAAAAGGCGUCUACCUUCAUGAUCCAACUGCCCUGCUUGCUGCUGUUGAUCCCUCGCUAAUCACCUAUACAGAAGGUGUGGUUCGUGUCCAAACAACUGGCAUCACAAGGGGUCUGACUCUAUUUUAUAACAAACAAAAGAGGUUUGCUGAAGUCACUGAAUGGUCUGACAAACCCUCAGUAAAAGUGGCAGUAACUGUUGAUGCUCCUAAAGUUCUCAAAUUGGUCAUGGAACGACUCAUCAAUUCUUAGGAGAAUCUGUUUGCUGAAAGAGAAGUUAUUUGACGUAUAUCCAACUGCACGUUCGAUUCUUUGUUUGUCUGCAACUCAGACAUUUUUCAAAACUUUGUUUUGAUUUGAAGAGGAAGAUGGUAGCAAGAUUGCCUUCAUACUAUGAUUAUGGAACAUACGUCGAUCACCAAGAAGAAUUUCAUUUUGUUUAUUGCUUCUAUGGCAUCUCUGCAAAUGUUGUAACAGUAUCUGUUGUUUCUGAGUUCUGUGGAAUAAAGUGAUCUGUAGAAGCCAACAUCGUCAUCAUUUUAGUUUCUCUUCUAAACUGACAAA